AUGGCUGAUAUAAGAUAUAGUUCGAUUGAAGAAGAUUUCAAUUAUGGCAGCAAUGUGGCAUCAUGCCAUGUUUACAUACGUAUGCAAUUUUUACGCAAGGUUUAUAGUAUCGUCGCAGUUCAACUGUGUUUUGUGGCCAUUGUAUCAUCAGUAAUAAUCUCAUUGGAAAAUGUAAAACUAUUUUUUCAAAACCAUCCUGGUUUUGUUCUAUUAUUAUUGUUGGCAACAAUGGUUAGUUUAUUUGCUCUUUAUAUCAAUCGUUUGGAGUAUCCGAUAAAUUUUGCGUUGCUGGGAAUUUUUACAUUAUUUGAGUCUCUAACUAUUGGCACUGCUGUUUCAUUUUUUGAUAAAAUCUUAGUUAUUCAAGCAGUCAUUAUCACAGCCGCCAUUGUUAUAGGCUUAACAAUAUAUACAUUUCAAACAAAACGUGAUUUUUCAGAUAUGGGUGCUAUUCUAUACGUAUUAUUAUGUGCUGUCAUUGCCGGAGGAUUAAUUCAAAUUAUUGUCGGUAGUUCAUUCAUGGAAUUAGCUCUGGCAUUAAGUGGUGCACUCGUAUUUAGUCUCUAUUUAGUUUAUGAUACACAACAAAUCAUGCGUAAAACGUCACCCGAAGAAUAUAUUGAUGCCGCAAUACAAAUCUAUCUUGAUAUAACACGUUUAUUUAUUGAAACCUUGCGUUUACUUGAAGCUAUGCGUCGUGGCUGA